ACAAUUAUCAAAUUUUAGCAUUUUAUCAUCUUUUCUUUUUGCAAGCGUGUCAGAAGAAUAGGUUUGACCGAUCUGUAAGAGUCUGAAUAUUGACGUUGGCGGAGUACUUGGGGUUUGAGACAUUUUCAGCGUUUUGAAUUUUUAGCAGUUUUUCCUUCCAUCUGCCGGCAUCAUGUGUACAGGAGCAUGUUCUAAGUUUGUUGCCGUCCCUCUUUACGUCUUGGCUCCAGUGUCAAUCAUCUGCAACAUCAUGCUCUUCUUCCCUGAUUUUAAUACAAAAUUUGCAGCCGAAGAUGAGGAAGGAAAUGAACAAAUCACUCAGGAGGUCAAAUAUAUGGGAGGCCUGAUAGGCGGCGGAAUCAUGGUCCUAAUUCCUGCCAUCCACAUUCAUCUGACCAGUGCUAAGAACUGCUGUGCCAACCGUUGUGGGAUGUUUCUGUCCAUUGGUUUUGCAGCAGUUGGUGUGGCGGGGGCCGUGUACAGUCUGAGCGUUGCGGCCCUGGGCCUUGCUAAUGGGCCAACGUGCUUCUGGAGCAAUGAAAACAACCUCAUUCCAAAAUGGGGGACACCCUUCGCCAACAGUAAUGGGAGCUACCUGACUGACAAGGAAAUGUGGAAAUGGUGUCAAGUUCCGAAGAAUGUGGUUGAAUUCAAUGUGGGACUCUUCUCCACACUGCUAGUGGCAGCAUGCAUAGAGCUUGUCCUCUGUCUCAUCCAGAUGGUUAAUGGACUGUUUGGAUGUCUCUGUGGGACCUGCUCCGGCAAGGAGUAAGCUGAAAUACAACUCACCAUGACUUCUUGAAAAAAAAGGAAGGGGAACACCAUCAACUCUGUUUUCAUCAUUACAAUCAUUAUCUUUAACAUCGCCAUUAUCAUAAUCUGCUGCACCAGGCAAUGAUGGGAUAGGAGUUAAGAGUCCUAAUGAAUAUAGAUUACCCAUUGUUCAGAUGGCCUCUGGUUUUCUGUUUGUGCCCCAAAUAAUCGUCGUUAUUACACAUUGUUCAAGAGGUAUGACUGGGAUUAUCGACAAAUAUAACUUUCUUAACAAUUUCUUUGAAUAUUACUAUUUCAUUGUUGUCAGAUUACACUGAUCGUGGAAUGUAGAUGGAAGGACUGAUGUAAGCUAUUUUGUGUCUGUAAAUUUGUAUGUUUUAAAAUAUUUUGUAUUAAAGCUGUGAACAUAAGA